GUCGGCCGCGUUUUCCUCUGGUUCUGAGUCUCCCCAGCCUCUCACACGCGCUGUAUUGCCAAAAUGUCGCUUUCCAGCAAGCUGACUCUGGACAAGCUGGAUGUGAAGGGGAAGCGGGUCAUUAUGAGAGUGGACUUCAAUGUUCCCAUGAAGAACAACCAGAUAACAAACAACCAGAGGAUCAAAGCUGCAGUCCCAAGCAUCAAAUUCUGCUUGGACAGUGGAGCCAAGUCAGUUGUACUUAUGAGCCAUCUGGGCCGACCUGACGGUGUCCCCAUGCCUGACAAAUAUUCCUUAGAGCCAGUUGCCGUAGAACUCAAAUCUCUGCUGAGCAAGGAUGUUCUGUUCUUGAAGGACUGUGUAGGUCCAGAGGUGGAGAAAGCCUGUGCCAACCCAGCUGCUGGGUCUGUCAUCCUGCUAGAGAACCUCCGCUUUCAUGUGGAGGAAGAAGGGAAGGGAAAAGAUGCUUCUGGGAACAAGGUUAAAGCUGAGCCAGCUAAAAUAGAAGCUUUUCGAGCUUCACUUUCCAAGCUAGGGGAUGUCUAUGUCAAUGAUGCUUUUGGCACUGCUCAUCGAGCCCACAGCUCCAUGGUGGGAGUUAAUCUGCCAGAGAAGGCUGGUGGUUUUUUGAUGAAGAAGGAGCUGAACUACUUUGCCAAGGCCUUGGAGAGCCCAGAGCGACCCUUCCUGGCCAUCUUGGGCGGAGCUAAAGUUGCAGACAAGAUCCAGUUGAUCAAUAAUAUGCUGGACAAAGUCAAUGAAAUGAUUAUUGGUGGUGGAAUGGCUUUUACCUUUCUUAAAGUGCUCAACAACAUGGAG